GUGGCUUUACCAUGGCGGAAUUGAUCUCCUUCGUAGUUCCCACCCAGAGUGACAAAGUUUUGUUGGUGUGGGAGCUGAGCGCCGGUCCCUCAGCUGAAGCCUUAAGUCAUUCUCUGUUCACAGUCUUCUCCCAGUUUGGCCUUCUGUAUUCGGUCCGAGUCUUCCCCAACGCCGCCGUAGCCCGCCCUGGUUUCUACGCCACCAUCAAGUUUUACUCAUCGAGGGACGCGCAGAGAGCCCAAAAGGCAUGCGACGGAAAGCCACUUUUUCAGACAUCGCCGGUGAAGGUUCGUCUCGGCACCAGACACAGGGCACUGAGACAUCAGGCCUUUGCUCUAAACAGCUCCCGAUGCCAGGACCUGGCAAAUUACUACUUUGGCUUCAAUGGAUGGUCAAAAAGGAUCAUCAAGCUGCAGGAGCUCUCUGGACCCCCUGAGGAUGCUGCUCUCUCAGCGCCUGUGCAGAAACGCCGUCUCCAGUUCUUCUGUGCCGCAGAGGUAGUGCUGCCUUCCUACGGGUGCAGGAGCCCUGGAGUGGCCAUCGCUGAGGAGCCUCUGCACCAGCUGGAGGAAGGACAGCCAUCAUUUCUUACGAGGAGGAAGACAGCUCAAAAGCUUGCCAUCCAGGGGGCUUUGUCGGACGCCUUCCAGAAGCUCUCUAUUGUGGUUCUAGAAAGUGGCAAGAUCGCAGUGGAGUACAGACCCAGUGAGGAGACCGUAGAUGCCAGAAGCGAAGAGGAACUGCAGAAUUUAAUCCAGGUCAGCUGCUUUCCUUGGAAUCAGCCCAGCCAAAGGGAGGAAGAGUGUCUCUCCGAUUUCAGCUUGGAAGAGGAAGAGCUGAGGCUGCAACAGCUGUCCUAGCUGUUCUGACUGUCCCAGGCCCUGUCACCUGACUUGCCUGGGAAGCUCUGCGUUUGCAGUCAGUGGGCUGCUGCCAUCCCUGAACCACCAACCCCUG